AUGAGUAAGGAGGCGGAGGGGGAGACGGAGGAGAGAAAUGAGGAGGCCAAUGUACUCAACCAGAGCCCCUCUCCGCCCCUUCUCCCCUUUGCGAAAGUCGAGCAGACUGCCGGAGAGGAUACUGCGGCCUCAUCUGACGACACUGUCCGUCCAGUUGUUUCCAGCCCACGGUCUCAUGCCGAAGAGAUGGCUGACAGUGGGUCCCCGCCUGUCCUUCUUGUCGGCGGUUCCUCUCCGACGAGGGUGUCCGGAAGUCCCGAAGCUUCUCCACACUGCGGUUCGCCCUCCCAGGUGGCUCCCUGUCCCGGCAGUGAUGACUAA